CCGGCGGAGAAGCAAUGGCAACCGGAAGAAGCCUUGUGCGGCGAGUGGCUUCGACGCCAUGGAACGCGCGUCUUCGAGAGCUCGCUUCCCAAUCACUGUUCUCCGAAUCGAUCACUCUCUAUCGAUCCAUGCUCCGCUCAGGCUCCUCUCCAGACGCAUUCUCUUACCCUUUCACUCUCAAGUCAUGCGCCGCGCUUUCGCUCCCUGUCUCCGGCCAGCAGCUCCAUUGCCACGUCAUCAGAGAAGGCUGCGUCGCUGAGCCCUUCGUGCUCACCGCUCUCAUCUCUAUGUACUGUAAAUGCGGUUUAGUAGAGGGCGCACGCAAACUGUUCGACGAAAAUACUCAGUCGCAUCAGCUCGGAGUUUGUUACAACGCUUUGAUAUCUGGAUACACGGCGAAUGCCAAGGUAGCUGAUGCCACGUGUCUGUUUCGGACAAUGAAGGAGAGAUGUGUUUCGGUUGAUUCAGUUACGAUGCUGGGGCUUGUCCCUGUCUGCACGGUUCCUGAUUACAUCUGGUUUGGGAUGUCUCUUCACGGAGAAUGCGUUAGAUUAGGUAUAGAUUCUGAGUUAGCUGUUUUGAAUAGCUUUAUUACAAUGUACAUGAAAUGCGGAUCGGUUGAGUCUGGUAGGAGGUUGUUUGAUGGAGUUCCCGUGAAGGGUUUGAUUACAUGGAACGCUGUGAUCUCUGGGUAUGCGCAGAACGGAUUGGCUUACGAUGUUUUGGAGCUUUACGAGGAGAUGAAAUCUUACGGUGUUCGUCCUGAUCCUGUCACGUUGGUUAGUGUUCUGUCGUCUUGCGCUCAUCUUGGAGCUCAGAGGAUUGGCCAGGAGGUGGAGAAGCUAGUUGAGGCAAAUGGGUUUGUGUCUAAUGUGUUUGUUAGCAAUGCGUUGAUUAGUAUGUAUGCUAGAUGCGGUAACUUGGCGAAGGCGCGGGGUGUUUUCGACGUGAUGCCUGUGAGAAGCUUGGUUUCGUGGACGGCUAUGAUAGGUUGCUAUGGGAUGCAUGGAAUGGCAGAGACUGGGCUUAAGCUUUUCGAUGAUAUGAUCAGGAAUGGGAUAAGACCCGACAAGACAGUCUUUGUGAUGGUUUUGUCUACAUGCAGCCACUCAGGUUUAACAAAUAAAGGUUUGGAGUUGUUUGAUGCGAUGAAGAGAGAGUAUAAGCUGGAGCCUGGUCCUGAACACUACGCCUGCGUAGUGGAUCUACUCGGAAGAGCUGGUCGCAUAGAUGAGGCCUGUGAGUUUAUAGAAUCAAUGCCUAUUGAACCGGAUGGUGCUGUUUGGGGCGCUCUGUUGGGUGCCUGUAAAAUCCACAAGAAUGUGGACAUGGCAGAGGUAGCUUUUGCAAAGGUGAUUGAGUUGGAACCGAUGAACAUUGGCUACUAUGUUUUGAUGUCGAACAUAUAUACAGACUCGAAUAAUCAAGAAGGAAUCUGGAGAAUACGGGUAAUGAUGAGAGAGAGAGGAUUCAAGAAAGAGCCCGGGUAUAGUUACGUGGAGCACAAGGGAAGAGUUCACUUGUUUUUGGCUGGGGAUAGAAGUCAUGAGCAAACAGAGGAAGUCUAUAGGAUGCUGGAUGAGCUAGAAACUUCCGUGAUGGAGAUCGAGGGAAACACAGACUGUGAUAGAUGCGGAGAGGUUUCUAGCAGUACGCGUGAGCACAGCGAGAGGUUAGCAGUAGCGUUUGCGAUCCUCAAGACUAGUCCAGGGGCAGAGAUUCUUGUGAUAAAGAACCUGAGGGUUUGUGAAGAUUGUCAUGUGUUCAUCAAGAUGGUUAGCAAGAUUGUAGAUCGUAGGUUUGUUGUAAGAGAUGCAUCAAGGUUCCACUAUUUCGAAGAUGGGCUCUGCUCGUGCAAGGAUUACUGGUGAUUCUCCCAUAGUCUCACAAACACAAUGCUCAGAAAGUGUACUACAG